AUGCCCGAGGAAUAUCCUCUUUCUAGAGAUUAUGUCGACUUCAAUCGACUCAAUCUUCAGCACUACAUCUGGAAAGAUAUGUUUGGAUACAGCCUACAUCCGAAGAUCCCACGAAAUCAAAAGUCGUUGAAGAUUGCAGACGUUGGCACAGGAACUGGGAUCUGGCUACUAGAUCUAUUGCCGCAACUCGAUCCAUCCACGGAGCUCGUUGGCAUAGAUGCCGACAUUACACAAGUUGGGCCUCGAGAGUGGCUCCCAGAAAACCUGACCCUGAGGCAAUGGAGUGUAUUCACAGACGUACCAGAUGAUCUCGUCGGGGCCUUUGACAUUGUAAAUCUUCGCCUUUUCGCCUUUGUGAUUGAAGACGACGCGACACUUUUACUGCGGAAACUGAAGAAAUUAUUGAAGCCUGGCGGAUAUUUACAGUGGUGCGACGUCGAUGUUCUAUCCUUCCGUAUCAACACCGCCUCAUCAAAUGUAUCUACGCAUCAUCUCGUACAGCUUUGGGAGCAAACUAUGCCCAAAGAGGCACGACUCUUCCCGGCCUGGGUCAAGGGGCUACCAGAAAGCUUCGAAAACGAGGGUUUCCUAGAUAUCACCACGGACUGGCAGGCACAAAAGGGUCAUACAGGCAUUGCGAUGCACUGGUGCAACUUGCCUAUACACGAGAUGCUCGCUGACAGGCUGAGAGAAUCGGACCCGGAGAAAUCACCGAAGAUUAGGGAAGUGAUGGAAGCAGCUUCAGUAGAGUCGCGCAAGGGCGCUAUGUACGCAUUCGACAGGCUGGUCGUGGUCGGCCAAAAACCAUAG